AUGGAAACAAUCCGCCGCACUCACCUUAAAUCCCUCGCCCACCGCGGCACAAUCCAAGGCGUAACAAUCUCAACAUCGUCUUCUCCCACCAGCCAAGCCAAAGACCUCUGCCACUACUUCGGCGGUGUCCGCUACGGCCUUGCCCCCGCCGAGCGAUGGCGCCGCGCCGCGCCCCUACCCGAGUCCUUCACCUAUGGCAGCGAAGAAGCACCGGGCCGCUGUGAUGGGGGUGCGGGGCUUUGCCCCCAACCGGCCUUUCGAUAUACGCCCGAGGACCCGGAUGCGUGGAACGAGGAUUGCUUUCAGUGUAAUGUCUGGACGCCUAUUGGGGAGGUGCCUGAGGGAGGAUGGCCUGUUUUUGUUUAUAUUCGUGAGUAUUAUCUGAUUGAAACUAGGAUAUAUGGGGCAUUGUUCGGCGCAGAUGGCGGAUGGCUUCAAUUCGGCACGCCCAAUUCAUUCAAUGCGGCUGCAUUGAUCGGCGAGGCUGAUUUCAACUGCGUGGUUGUGAUGCCUGCAUACCGGGUCAACCUUUUCGGGUUCCUCUACUCAGUAGAACUUGAGGAGGACGCAGCCACUGUCGGAGAGACAGUUGGGAACCAUGGAUUCUGGGACCAGAGACUAGCACUGGAGUGGACGAAGGAGAACAUCCAGCUAUUCGGCGGUAAUCCGGAGACUAUCACGAUCUCAGGAUAUUCCGCAGGUGCCAACUCCGUCUUCCACCAACUAGCCUACGAUCUCCGCCAACCAGACGAGAACUCCAUCAUCCGCCAAGCCUGUAUUUGGUCAAACAGCCCAGCCGUCCAGCCCAAGCAGCCAACCGAAACACAAACCCAAUUCAACCAACUCCUAACAGUUUUGGAUAUUCCCCUCACCCUGUCCCAUAGCGAGAAACUCACCAGAUUACGCUCAAUUCCCGCAAAAGCCCUCCUCGACAAAGCAAGAACAAUCCCCCUGCACCAAUUCCGCCCAACUACAGACACAUCCUUCAUCUCCCCAUCCCUCUUCGCAACACUCGACAGCGGCGCCUUCGCCCGCAGCCUCCUGGCCCGCAACAUCCGCGUCAUAAUAGGCGAAUGUUGCGACGAGCGCUUCCUCUACAGCGUAUGGUUCCCGCCGACAGACAAUACCCUCUCCGCGCUACGCACCCGUCUCGUUGCAGAUUACCCAGAACACAUUGUCGACGCUGUCAUACCGCUGUAUUACCCAGACGGCCGUCUACCGGCGCACUGCGAGAACUGGGACCAGGAUGCGUGGGGGAGGAUCUAUGCUGAUCUGCAGGUGCAUCAGAUGCAGCGUGGACUUGCGUAUGCGUUGACGGAGAACGAGGACGGGGUUGAUGCUUCGGCGUUGCUGUUUCGGUAUCGGAUUGAGUGGAGGGCGAAGUGUGUCGAGGCGACUUUGCCGGUUGAGUGGGGGUUACGCAUUCGUCGGAUUAUCCGGUUUGGUUCUUUGGGAAUGGGGGGUUGUUAG